AUUCGACACAGACGCAAGUUGCACUUCAAUAUAGCGAGUCCUGGGAGAUCUACUCUUCCAGCAGCGCUAUUACCGAAACUCGCUAAUUAUCUAAAAACUAUCUCUCUCUCUUUCACUUCUGUGCUAACAUCCUUUCAAAAAUGAAUCCCAUGAUUGUAUUCGCUUGCUUGGCGUUGGCGUGCGGAGCCCAGGCUAACCAGGGCUGGGCUGGUCCCCCGGCCAACAUCGCGCUGUCCCAGGACGGCCGCAACAUCCUCGACACCCCCGAGGUAGCGCAAGCACGCGCCGCCCACCUCUCGGCUCUGCAACAGGCCGCCCAGAACAACCCCAACCCCCAGGACGAUGGCUCAUACGAUCCCCGUUGGGACAGCGAAGAAUACUGGCAGCGCGCUGAACAGCCCAAAUGGAACGCCGCCCCCGUCCAGCAGUGGAACGCCCCGGCUCACAACCAGUGGAACGCUGCCCCCGCACACAACCAGUGGAACGCCGCUCCCGCCUGGAACGCCGCCGGCCCCGCCCCCGCUCCCGUCGCCGAGACCCCUGAGGUAGCGCAGGCCCGUGCCGCCCACCUCGCCGCCCUGUCCGCCGCCAAGUCCGCCGCCCCCGCCCAGCAGUGGAACGCUGCUCCCGCGCACAACCAGUGGAACGCCGCCCCCGCCCAUAACCAGUGGAACGCCGCCCCCGCCCACAACCAGUGGAACGGCGCUCCAUCCUGGCAGGGUGCUCCCCAACACCAGGCCGCUCAGAUCAGACUAGCCAACGACGGCUCCGGCAUCCUGGACACCCCUGAGGUAGCCGCCGCGCGCGCCGCGCACUUAGCCGCCCACCAACAGGCUGCCCACGCCGCGCCCCCGCAGCACGCUCCCCAGCAGCACUGGUGAAUCCCUUCCCUUCUUCCGACGGAGCGAGCGCAGCGCUAGCCCGUGACCCGCGCUCCUGGCGAGCCGCGCCCCUCACGCGCUAGAUCUGCGCCCGACCGUCUCUUCCUUCCUCCGAUCUCUUCUUCGUUUAGGAACACUUCAAGUGCAAGUGCGUCAGCCUCUUUCUAUCUUUGUGGCUUUUUGUUACUUUUAUAAAAUUAUAUUGAAUGAUAUUUUGUACAUAAUAUUUGUAUGUAUGCGUAAUAACGAAUUAUAUGGAACGGAAAAUA